AUGCCAGGAGGAUCAACGGCUGCUAGUGUACGAGUUCCUUCCCCGCGGUUCGCUCGAGUUUUUGCUUUUCGGGGAGGAUGCGCUGGCAAAUCCGCUGACGUGGCACCAACGGUUGAAGAUCGCGUUCGGCGCGGCGGAGGGUUGGCUUAUCUGCAUGAGGAGGCGGAGCAUCAGGUCAUUUAUCGCGAUUUCAAGACGUCGAAUAUUCUAUUAACGAAUGAUCUUGAAGUGAAGUUAUCGGAUUUCGGGAUGGCGAGGGAAGGGCCCGACGGGGAGAAGACUCACGUGUCGACGCGAGUGGUGGGCACUGUGGGGUAUGCGGCGCCCGAGUACGUGCUAACGGGGCACCUUACAACGAAGAGUGACGUCUACGGGUUCGGCGUGGUGCUACUGGAGCUGAUGACGGGAAGGCUGGCGCUGGACAAAGAAAGACCACGCGAGGAGCAGAGCCUGGUCGAGUGGGCCUCGCCCUUCCUCUCGGCGCCCUCCACACUGUACCGCAUAAUGGACCCCGCCCUUCGCGGCCGGUACUCCGCUCGGGGCGCGCAAAUGGUUGCGGCGAUCGUCAAAGAGUGCCUGCAGAAGAAAGCCAAGCGCCGCCCGAAAAUGUCCGAGGUGGUUGCAGCGCUGCGCCCGGUGCUUGAUCUGCAUGACAUGGCUGGUUUUUGCGCUGAAGACAUGCGGGCGGGCUUAGGCGGGCAAGUUAGUCCUUCUAUGGGGGGUAUUGGGAGCAUUGCUAAUAACGCAACCGGGCCACAGCGCUUCCAAAGGAGUGAAAGCGCAGGGACUCUCGAGGAGGGUGCGUUCAAGAGAAGGUCGAUUUCCUUCUCUCCGAAAGCGAACGCCGACAUAAACGCUGGUGACGCUGUGCGAGUUGUUGUAACCAUGGAUGGCGACUGUAACCAGGUGCCACAGGCUUGUGGUGCAGCAUCUAGAGCCACUAUUACUGGUAACCAGAAGCCUCGACUGCCCAGUCCCUGCCAGGCAAGUCCCAAGGGGGUGAUUUCCCCAAACGUGGCGGGUAGCCCGUGGCGUGCGGGAAGGCCAAGGAGUCUGCCAGCUGUUUGA